CUGAGGCCAUCAUGGCGUCUCCCAGUGGGAAAGUAUCCCGGGCGUUGGAGGCUCCCGGCUGUGGCUGCCGGCCGGCGUCCCGGGACCUUGUGGAUUCGGUGGAGGACGCGGAGGGCUUGUACGUGGCGGUUGAGCGGUGCCCCCUGUGCAACACCACUCGCAGGCGGCUGACCUGCGCGAAGUGCGUCCAGACCGGCGACUUCGUUUUCUUCGACGGCCGGGACGGUGAAAGGUUUAUAGACAAGAAGGAAAGGUUAAACCAUCUUAAAAGCAAGCAGGAUGAAUUCCGAAAAGAUGUGCUAAAGGCCAUUAUGGAAGGAAAAUGGAUAACAGAUCAGUUGAGAUGGAAAAUAAUGUCCUGUAAAUUGAGAAUUGAACAGCUGAAACAAACAAUAUGUAAAGGAAAUGAAGAAAUGACAAGAAAUUCCGAGGGCCUUCUCAAAACUAAAGAAAAGAAUCAGAAGCUGUUCUGUCGAGCUCAGCGGCACCAAGAGAAGAAGGAAAAAAUCCAGAGGCACAACCGCAGACUUGGAGAUCUCGUAGAAAAGAAGCAUGAUGACUUAAGAAGUCAGUACGACCGUCUGGCACACUUUCGACGCUCUCAUAUUUUAGAACUCACCUCGAUCAUUUUUCCCAUUGAAGAAGUGAAGACUGGCAUAAGGGACCCUGCAGAUACAACCUCAGAGAGUGACACUGCCAUGACCUCCAGCACUGUGAGCAAGCUUGCAGAAGCCAGGAGGACUACUUAUCUUUCUGGGAGAUGGGUUUGUGAUGACCACAAUGGAGAUACAAGCAUUAGCAUUGCAGGACCCUGGAUUAGUCUUCCUAACAAUGGAGACUAUUCUGCUUACUACAACUGGGUAGAAGAGAAAAAAACAACACAGGGGCCUGAUAUGGAACAUAAUAACCCUGCCUACACCAUCAGUGCUGCCCUGUGCUAUGCAACUCAGCUUGUCAACAUUUUGUCUCAUAUACUUGAUGUAAAUCUUCCCAAAAAAUUAUGUAACAGUGAGUUUUGUGGAGAGAAUCUAAGCCGGCGGAAAUUUACUCGUGCUGUCAAGAAGUUGAAUGCCAACAUUCUUUACCUCUGCUUUUCUCAGCACGUAAAUUUAGACCUAUUGCACCCACUACAUACACUCAGGAAUCUAAUGUACCUGGUCAGUCCAGACACGGAACAUUUGGGCAGGUCUGGGCCCUUUGAAGUCAGUGCUGAUCUUGAAGAUUCCAUGGAAUUUUUGGAUCCUGCUGCUGCUGGAGAAACAGAUGAAAGCGGGGAUGAGCGGAUCAGUGACGAAGAGACGGACCUCGGCACAGACUGGGAGAAUCUGCCCAGCCCCCGCUUCUGUGACAUUCCUUCCCAGCCCGUGGAGGUGCUGCAGAGCCACAGCACCCAGGUGUCCCAGCCUGUGGCCAGCAGUAGCGCCGGGGGCAUGAUCUCCUCCGCCGCGGCCUCCGUGACGUCCUGGUUCAAGGCUUACACGGGGCAUCGCUAGGGAGCAGCCAAGAGACAAUGACAGAUCCACAGAGUGAACAUUUCUCUCCCACAAUGUGUAGUUUUACCUAUUCAGUUAAGUAGUGCCUGGAACAAAAAAAUAAAUAAACUAAUUUUUUAAAAGCAGAGUUCAAUUCAACAGACAUUUAUUAAAGUUAAACCUUUUUAUUUACAAAGAUUGACUGCUGAUAACAUUUUGUAAAUUAGGUAAAUCCACCCUUAGGACCUACUUCACCACCUGCAUA